AUGGAUCCCGAGAGAGAGAGUUUGCUCUCAUACCACGAGACGCAGCGUGAAAGAACACAACAGCUGCUUUCGCACGAGAUCACAGCGAGUGCGCAAGCUAAUGAAGAUUACCCUGUUGAUCAUGGCAAAGUGGCGUGGAUGCAGGUUCUUGGUGGAUUCAUUCUGUUCGCGAACAGUUGGGGCUUGCCUAACGCAUUCGGCGUCUUCCAAACAUACUACGUUGACACCUUGAUGCCGGAGCAGGAUGCGUCGCGUAUUGCCUGGAUCGGAUCGAUACAGCUUUUCUUCACUACUAUCGGUUGCUUGCCUGGCGGUGCGCUGCUUGAUCGGGGGUACCUCAAAAGUAUCAUCGCUGUUGGCACGGGCCUUGAGGUACUGGGUUUGAUCCUCACUUCUUUCUUCAAGAGCUAUUGGGCCAUCUUCUUCGCUCAGGGAGUGUGCAUGGGUAUUGGCAGCGGCCUGAUGGCGAUUGUGCCUGUCGCCGUGCUAGCCAUGUUCUUCGAGAAGAAACGCAUGCUGGCUACUGGUCUUGCAUCGACUGGUGCCAGUGUUGCUGGUAUCGCUUACACUCUCUCAUUACGCUCGCUCUUUCUCAGCGUCGGGUUCGCGUGGGCUGUUCGCAUCUUUGCGCUCAUUAUCUUGGUGACCAACGCUGUCGCUUUUGUGGUGAUGCGCUUGCAGCUUCAGUACGGAUCCAAGGGCUCCAGCUUCGGUUUUCACCACUUCAAGGAUCUGCCAUACACGUUCUUCGUCGUCGCGUUCACGCUGUUCGUCGCGUCCUCGUUCGUGCCGUUCUUCUUCAUUCAGGAGUACGCUAUCAAGCUCGGUGUGUCGAAGGAUAUGGCAUUCAACUUGUUGUCGAUCAUGAACGCGGCCAAUAUCUUUGGGCGUUUUGUUCCAAACUUCAUCGCCGACAGGUACGGCGGUGUCAACACCCUACUUCCUCUCACCGUCGCCUGCAUCAUCACUCUCUGUAUGCUACCACUCGCUCAGGAAUUGAACGGUCUCAUCGCUAUCAGCAUCGUCUACGGGUUCCUUUCUGGCGGCGUCAUAAUCAUCCCUGGUCCUGUCCUCACAAAUCUCUCGCCCAACAAGGCCUCCAUCGGCGUACGUCUCGGAUUGGCGUAUCUAGUCGCUGCUUUCGGCGGACUGCUCGGUAACCCUGCCAUGGGUGCACUCAAGGGUGAGGGAAAUGGUGCGGUAGAGAACUUCAAGGGUGUGUGGUUCUGUGCGGCAGGCUUAAUGGGUGUGGGUGCCGUAGCUCUUAUCGCCACACGAUGGCUCAAGUUGGGUAGCAUGUUGGCUGCAGGCAGAGGUGGCUUCCCGGAGGCUGUAGACGAGAGCUUCGUCACGCCCAAUAACACGAAUGGCGGUAGUAACUUCGACACUACACGCGGCGUCUUUGAUCCAAAUGUCCUCGGCGAAUACUUGAACGGAACGGGAAACAAAGGAGGACCGCUGGUUAUGUCGUAUAACGACACGAUGAACUCCGAUAAACGGCUUUACGAGAGCGACAACAAUGCGACGAUGCAUGAUCUAUUCGCGCAAGGGACAGGCUUUCUUGCUACAUGUGUCGAUCUCAUGGGCCGAGCCAUCAACACCGUACCUGCUGGCGUUCAGCUCUCUGAGUCAAUCACUGUCAUGCCGGUCAAGCCUGUGAAUGUUACCUACGACUUCAGCGACGACGGAAAGUUGAUGCUUUCGGGCAAGGUCAGAAUCCUCACACCGGCAGGCAGCUCAUCCCCGCGAUCACUAACUCUUCGCGUGAGCGGCGACGAGACGGAACUUGAACCAGAAGCCGAGACGGGAAGCUCCGUCUUUGGUCGCAGUGGUGGUAGAUACGGAACUACGACUUACUUCCCGUUCUCGCUUUCUGGACCCGCCAUCCAAAAUGCCACGUCUUUCUCCGUCCAGGCACCUAAUGUACCGGAAAAGACUUUUCGGAUCAAUAGCCAGGCAUUCGUCGUUCCAAGCCUGACAGAACUGAGCGGCACAGCACUUAACGCGACAAUUGCCCUGUGCACCAGGGUUAGGUCGUGUGAAGACUUGACCGUUCACAUCGCCGCGCCAUUGACACGGUAUGGCACGCUGGCGCCGAAAAUGAAUGAAAUGAACCUGGUAGUGAGCAAGGCGAUAGAGGAAAAACGGGUGUGUACAUUUUGCCGGGGGCAGGUUAUCCUGCAAGAUGUCCCGACUGGGUUGGUCACUGUCGAAGCCUUGUUGGACGGCAAAGUCGUAGAUACGCUCCUAGUCAAUGGAGGGCAGGCCGGUUGGUAA